GAUACUGUAGCCGGUGCUGCUGCAGGUGCGGCGUGCGUGGUAGCUGGCCAACCGCUUGAUACUGUCAAAGUCAAGAUGCAAACUUUUUCCCAUUUAUAUCGAGGUUCAUUGCAGUGCUUUAUGCAAACAUUCAAAAGUGAAGGUUUAAGAGGCCUAUAUGCUGGUUCCUCGCCAGCAUUUCUUACCAAUGUUGCUGAAAAUUCUGUCCUAUUCUUGAGCUAUGGUCAAUGUUUGAGUGCUACGCAAUACCUAUUUCAUAAAGAUUCGAUUGAAGACCUAAAGCCAGUCCAUCGAGCGAUUGCAGGAAGCAUGGCUGCUGUUGUUGCUACUUUGGUCAUAUGUCCAACAGAAUUGGUUAAAUGUCGUCUCCAAGCACAUGCACAACUCGUGGAAAAAAUGUUAAGUGAAGGAGGCUCAUUUAUUCUUCAAUCUAGAAUGUCUUCACUAAAAGUCCUAUCAAGUGUUUUACGAGAAGAAGGAAUUCGUGGAUUAUAUCGUGGCUAUUCAAGUACACUAAUACGAGAUCCUGGUGGAUAUUUCUUUUUUUUCUUUGGUUAUGAAUUUACAAAGAAAGCUCUAACACCUAAAGAUUCUGAACCUGGUUGUGUAUUAACAACAAUGUUUGCUGGCGGUAUGGGAGGUGCUGCAUUAUGGACUGUAAUAUAUCCUUUAGAUUUGGUAAAAUCGAGGCAACAGGUAUUUGCUAAAGCUGAACAGCGUGGAUUUGUUAGGAUGCUUUCCGAAAUAUCACGGACUACAGGAUUUUUCUCACUAUACCGCGGAUUAGCACCAACCAUAAUUCGUUCCUUUCCGGCUAAUGGAGCCUUGUUCUUGACAUAUGAAUAUACUAAAAAAUUACUG